ACGCGCUGGAGAACCAAUCGGCGACGGGGGAAGGCGGUUAGUGCCCUCCAGGACCCCACGUGACCCUCCUCAGUAGUUCCCAGGCGGUGCACGGGUGAGCUUGAGACUAUGAAUCAGCGGGUUGGGUUGUUUGUUCUCCUGGCGGCGGGCCUCCUCUGCCUCAGUUUGGCCCCUGUCUCUCGGGGUGACGAUCUGGUCGAAGACGGUCUGGAUGGCGAUGACGCUGACGUGGAGGAUGAAAUGGACCUGAGCUUGGCUGGAGAUGAGGAUCUGGAGGACGAUGUGCAAGAUGAAGCUCCACCUGCUCCUAAAACCCCUCCCAGUCCACAGGUGACCUACAAAGCUCCUGAGCCAAAGGGGGAACACUUCAUUGCAGAGUCUUUUGAUAAGGGGACACUGGAUGGGUGGAUUCUGUCCAACGCCAAGAAGGAUGAUGCAGACGAAGAGAUCGCGAAGUACGACGGUAAAUGGGCUGUGGAGGAGAUGAAGGACAGUAAGCUGCCCGGCGACAAAGGUCUGGUCCUGAAGUCUCGAGCCAAACAUCAUGCCAUCUCAGCCCACCUGCUGCGACCUUUCACCUUUGAAACCAUGCCCCUUGUCAUCCAGUAUGAGGUGAACUUCCAGUCGGGUAUCGACUGCGGCGGCGCCUAUGUAAAGUUACUGACUGAGACGCCCGACCUUGACCUGGACCAGUUUGUGGAUAAAACUCCAUACACCAUCAUGUUUGGACCCGACAAAUGUGGAGAAGACUACAAGCUGCACUUCAUCUUCAGGCACAAAAACCCCAAAACCGGAGAGUACGAAGAGAAACACGCUAAGAAACCCGACGCCGACCUGAGGACGUACUUCACCGACAAGAAGACUCACCUGUACACGCUGGUGGUGAACUCUGACAACAGCUUUGAGGUGUUGGUGGAUCAGACGGUCGUGAACAGCGGCAACCUGCUGACGGACAUGACUCCCGCUGUGAACCCCCCCGCUGAGAUCGAGGACCCUGAUGACCACAAACCCGAGGACUGGGAUGAGAGGCCCAAGAUCCAGGACCCGGACUCCGUCAAACCCGAGGAUUGGGAUGAAGACGCUCCGGCUCAGAUUCCAGAUGAAUCUGCGGUGAAACCCGAUGGCUGGCUGGACGAUGAGCCCGAGUACAUCGGAGACCCUGACGCCAUCAAACCUGAAGACUGGGAUGAGGACAUGGACGGAGAGUGGGAGGCCCCUCAGAUCCCUAACCCCGCUUGUGAGACCGCCCCUGGCUGCGGCACCUGGAAACGGCCAAUGAUCGACAACCCCAACUACAAGGGCAAAUGGAAGCCCCCCAUGAUUGAUAACCCCAACUAUCAGGGCGUCUGGAAGCCAAGGAAGAUCCCCAACCCGGCGUACUUUGAGGACCUUCACCCCUACAAGAUGUCACCGUUCAGCGCCCUGGGGCUUGAGCUCUGGUCCAUGACCUCUGACAUCUUCUUCGACAACUUCUUCAUCACCAAUGACCGCAACGCUGCUGAACGCUGGGCCUCUGAUAGCUGGGGGCUGAAGAAGGCAGCAGAGGGCGCCGCUGAGCCUGGGCUGGCAGCUCAGAUGCUAAACGCUGCAGAGGAGCGUCCGUGGCUCUGGGUUGUCUACGUGCUCACCGUGGCUCUGCCGCUCAUCCUUAUCUUCGUCUUCUGCUGCACUGGAAAGAAGAAGAGUUCGGCGUCGCCGGCAGAGUACAAGAAGACCGAUGAACCUCAGCCUGAUGUGAAGGAGGAGGAGGAAGAGGAGGAGGAAGCUGAGGAGGCUCCGAAGGCUGAGAAGAACAGCCCAGGCACAGACAAGAGUGAAGAUGAAGAACCUGCAGAGGAAGAGGAGGACGAAGAAAAGGAGAACACAGCUGAUGAGAAGCUUGAGGACGAUGUUCUGCGGAGAUCUCCGAGGAGCAGGAAGCUCAGGAAGGAGUGAAGUCUGACUGCAGCCCUGACCUCAACAGCUCACCCCCUUCAUCCCCCCCUCCCUCUCCCCUUCCUCCUCCUCCUCAUUCUUCUUCUCGUCCACUCUGAGGCAAUGAGGCCUGAAUGGAACCAGUGGAAGCAGCAACGGGAAACUAAUCAAGACCUCCAACAUGGACACCUGAUGAUGAUGAUGAUGAUGAUGAUGAUGAUGAUGAUGAUUAUGUGUAUGAACAGCGCCGAGUUAGAUUCAAAGGAUUUUUGUUUUUGAAAGAGAUUUACUAAAACUUGCUGCAUCAUUCCUUCACAACACCUGAACACUCGAACCUGCAGGACCAACAUCCUGUUCGCCGCCAUCCUCAGCGAGCCCGCUUGAGGCAGUCUGUGUUGAGCUUCCAGCAGUCUUUAGCCUUCCAGCAGCCGAAACAUCAGUCAGGUCAAACAGUCUCCAGGUAACCAGAGUGUUAAACAGCCAAUGAGAACACUCUAAAUCGGUCCCUGGAGGGGCUUAGCCCAUCAUCCUGUUUGAGCUGCCGUGAUCCUGCUGCCUUGCGUUGUCACAGUCUGGGUGAAAACACCUGCUGACACGACGCCAACAGUCAGGAUGACUUUAAAAUCUUUUGACCAACCAGAAGUCUUCCUCAUUCCUUAAAGAGCUUAUAAACAGUUGGCUAAUCCAAUAUGUCAUCAUCUAGCUAACACAAUGUAACCUGCUAGCUAGACUAACCGUUACCAACAGUCAGUGAGUUAGCAUUGCAAAAGCCCAAUUAGCUUACCAACAUGCUGCUAAUUAGCUUUGGGAUCAGCUUGCCAUCGUUGCACGGUUUUUUUUUUGUUUGUUUUUUUAAAUUUGAUCCACCACCAGGCUGCUAAUGAAUGCUACAACAAACUUAGCAACCCCACCUGUGUUAGCAAACCCAUAAGCUAACAGCUUGUUUAUUACAGUAAAUCAGCCUGUUGGUGGUUAUCCUACUACCAACCACAGUUUCCUGCUGGCUAAUCGGUCGAGCUGGGGAUGUUAUCCAGAAAUUACUAGGCCGUUUCUUCACCCUCCUUAAACCUGGUGUUGGCUAGGUGCUAGUAAAGCUAGUGAGCUGUGUGGCGAUAUAACACCAAUGCUUACAGCAGCUAGCUGCUAACAGCUUGUAGAGUUCAUUGAUUAGCUAUCAGUCAUGCUAACGUCUGAAAUAAUAAACUGGUAACACUUUUUCUUCCAUU